UCGAGAAACUGAUCAAUACCUCGUUCCUUAAAGUUGAAAGAUGGCAGUUAUGGCGCAAAUGUCUGCGAAUGUUGCCAGUAUCAAAGCUUCAAAGCCAGCCCACCCUAAAUACAGCUCUAUGGUAGAAGAAGCACUUAAAGUUUUGAACGAGAGAAGUGGCUCUUCUAGGCAAGCUGUGGUAAAAUAUAUUGUGGCUAACUUUCCUGUUGGAGACUUGGCUGAAAGCCAUGUGAAACUUGCUCUGAGAAAGGGAGUUUUGAGUGAAAGACUUGUCCAAACGAAAGGUAAAGGAGCAAGUGGUUCGUUUAAGCUCUCUCAAGCAGUGAAGAAAGAAGAAGAAAAAGCCAAGAAAUUGAAACUCAAAGCAGAGAAAAUGAAGUUGAAACAGAAGAAGUCCAACGAAGGAAAGGAGAAUGAAGACCCCAGUAGUAGCGAUGCGGAGAAAGUUUCCAAGCCUAAAAAAGCAAAGAAAACCGUACCAAAGGCAGACAGUGGUAAGAGCGAGAAAAACAAGAAAGCGAAGUCAUCGAAGGAGGGAAGUAAAAAAACUGAUUCCAAAAAGUCAACGAAAGCAAAGACAACCAAAUCCAAGAAAGAAUCGAGUAAAGAAACUUCUAAAAGUCCUAAGAAAACGACCAAGAAGUCCAUAAAGAAAGUCGGUUCUAGUGCUGAAAAGGCAAAGAAAACUGUGAAAAAGACGGCAAGUGGAAAAACUGUAAAAACUCCAAAGAGCAAACCUAAAAAAACUGCCGAACCAAAACCCGCCAAGACAAAGAAAACUACCACCAAGAAGAGCCAGAAAAGCUCUUAGUAAAACCUCGAGUUUGUUCAUAGUACUUACUUGUACAUAAAACUUUAUUUUUUAUUCAACACAAAGCAAUAAUCUUGUUUUUAGGGUUUGAGUGAAUCGAAAAUGCCUGUUCUAAUUUAACUCUGAGCUGGCAAAGUGCGAGACGA